GGAAUGCAUUCACAUAAUGGUCUCAUGACGACAAUUUAGCUAAUCAACUGCCUUGUGCUACAUGUGCGCACUGACACUGCGCUGGGAGCUCAUCUCAAACAGUGCUGCACUGAGAAGGACUCCACGUUGGAUGUAUUGCUGGUUAUUACUCAGAAUUGAAGAGAAUAUUUGAACCAUUCUUUUUCUAAGCUUUUUUCGUAAGACAGCUGUCUCUUUCUCUUACUCUCUUUGUGUGUUUGACAAAAGAAGGGAGAUAAAGUAUAACUGGAAGAACAGGGAUGAAGUUUCUUGUUUUUUCACUUUUCCUGCUCCUCCCUCUGGUGUCUGCCCAGACCUAUAGAUGGGGACCCUGUCCAUCUCCCAGAGUCCAGCCCAACUUUGACCUUAAGCAGUACCUGGGAACGUGGUAUGAGAUUGAGAAACUUCCAGCAUCGUUUGAGAGAGGAAAGUGCAUUGAGGCCAACUAUGCUUUGAGAGGGGAUGGCACAAUCCGAGUGCUCAACACCCAGACUUAUAAAGGCAAAGUUACCCCUAUCGAGGGAACAGCUGUUGUACCAGAUCUCAAGGAACCAGCCAAGUUGGGAGUCAGUUUCUCUUACUUCUCUCCCUACAGCGCGUACUGGGUGCUGAGCACAGACUAUGCGACCGGGGCAGUGGUGUACUCCUGUACCGACAUUCUGAAGCUGUUCCACGUGGAGUUUGCCUGGAUCCUGGGGCGCUCCCGCUUCCUGACUGUUGCCACCGUGGAUCAUGCCAGACAGCUGCUGCAGCAAGAAAACAUUGACAUCACUAACUUAAAGGCCACUGACCAGUCAGGCUGCCAAAACAUUUAAAAAGACAGCUAAGAGGAUGACUGGUACCCUUGAUCUACUACUCUUUUGAGCGCCCACGUUUAGAUUGACUUCUUGUUACUACCCCGUGUCUCUUGUGUCAAUCUGAGAAUUCUGAACAGGUGUAAUCAAUAUCCCCCUGCUUGUAUUUUACACUACUUAUAACAUUAUGCAUGUUUUAGAUCUGAUGUAAUGCCUUUAAAUAAGCGGUAUGUACGGGUUGAUCAGAAAUUGAGCACUGCAUAUCAGGGUACAAUUCCUAUCUGUUUUUCAGGAAUUCAUGUUUUACAACAUUCAUUAUAUAUCAUAUGUUAUGUGUUCUUAUUUCAGAGUUGGUGAUACUUCAAGUAUUUAACACUGAAUUGUUUUAUUCUCUUGCAUGGGAUUUUCGUAAUUUUUUACCCAUUGGAUUUGUUUUCAGAUAUAAAUAUUGGGGUUUGUCUAUUAAAGUAUAAUUUUGAAAUCA